AUGGUUGGAGUUAUGGAUAAAUUAAUUGUGUUCAUAAUAAUUUCAACAAUACAAGUUUGUCAUGGAUUCAAUUCGAAAUGUUCUGUAGCAACUCAGCCACAUGCUACUGAGUGCAACAAAUAUCUGAAAUGCAUUAGCAAACCUAUGAAAUCUGUGACAUGGAUAACAUUGAAUUGUCCUGAAGGUUUGAUUUAUGAUAAAAAUUUGAAAUCUUGUGCAAUUCCUGAUGACAAAUGGGAAUGUUUAAGUGACAGUGAAGAUGAAAUCACCAAUGAUGACGAAAAUGUUUAUGGGAUUGAAAACUUAAAGAUUAUUGAAGAUGAUGAAGAUGACAGUGAUGACUUUCUUGAAGUCAUAGAUGAAGAUUUAAAUCCCUCAGAAUAUCGAAGUAUUGACAGUAGUGAAGAAUCGAGUGGUGAUGGUGAAAUUUAUGAAGUUGUCACACCUUCAUCAUCCACAAUGCAAAUGAUAACAAAUCAACAACUUCAAAGAUUAACACAACUAAUGCAAACUCAAGCGAAUAAAAAUUAUGGGUUCAUAACUAGCGGUGAAAUUACUGCUGACGAUUUAAAUUCAUUUCUUUCCACCCAACAAAUUCAAUCAAAUUCACCGGAAUAUCAGAAAUUUAAUUUUCAUUCGAAUAGAAAAACUGCAAUGCCAGAAAAUGGAAAAAUUCAUCCGGAAAUUUUAAAUCAAAUUCUCCAACAGCAAAAUAAGAUUAAAGGUGGAUUGAAUUAUUUGACAACUUUAUCGAUGGAUGCAACAACACCGAAAUCAACUAGAAAUAAGCCAGUUUUAUAUUAUAACCGUGACCCUGUCACUGAAAUUAAACUCAAAAGUGGGCAAUCGUUAGAUGGCCUUGGAUCACAUCAGAUUGUUGUUAACCGUCCUGAAGGUUCUGUUUUAUUUAACGUUCCAACGCCAAUGGAAAACAAACAACAAUCACCACAUUUAUCAGAAGACAUUCUCAAAACAAUUCUCGAAAUUUCCAAGCAUAUGGUGACACAAAAUCAUCAUCAAAAACAAGAUCACGCCGUUUCAUAUGCACCACAACCAUUUUAUUAUGGAGUUCCAAUUCCCUUCCUAUCACCACAAAACAAUGGUCAGAGUUAUUAUGAUCACAAUUAUCGGAAUAAUUUAACGGAGAUAUUAAAUUCUUUGGUUAAAUCGAAAUCAAAACCCGACACGGUUGAGACAGUUUCAAUGAAUUUUCCACCGAAAAUAAAUCAGAAAGCUGAUAUUGUCACGUCUCCUGAUAGUUAUUACAAUCAUUUCCAAAAUUAUCAUCCAUCUAAUCAACAACAAAAUUACGGGCAAGGUCAAAAAGAAAGUUAUCAAAAUUUUAUAAAUAAUCAACAAAGAUUUCCAUCAAAUCAACAAAGUUUUAUGCCACAACAAGGGUUUAUAAAUAACAAUCAACAAAGCUUUCUAAACAAUCAAAGACCACCCGGACACAAAUCAAAUCCAAAUCAGUUUUAUCAAAAUUAUCCAACGAUGUAUUCAAGUGACGCUUCUCCACUCCAUCAGCAAUUGUCACCUUAUCAAUCUUAUCCCAAUCCCAACAAGAAUCAUAACACUGAUUCGCUGAACUACAACAACCAACGCUAUGACUUUGAUAGUGCAUACUAUGGAAAUAGACCAUUCGUGCCUGAGUCAUCAGCACCUUCUUAUGUGGAACACGAGAUACGACCGAAACCAUUUCAAAAAGAAAGUUACGAGACGUCGUACGAAAAUUACGAUGAAGAUGAAAUUGAUGAAAGAUUCUAUGAUGAAGAAGAAGAUUUUGAGACGCCUACAAAGAAGUCAGAGAAGGAAGAAUUAAUUUGUACUCCCGUGUUACAAAGGCAAGCUAACAAAACAGAUUGUAUGGGUUACUAUGUUUGUAACUCGAAAACGAAAGAAGUUUUAUCGUACACGUGCCCGGUGUUUACGGCAUUUAACGAUUUGUCAAAAUAUUGUGAUCAAUCAUCUUAUCCCGCUUGUAAGAAAGUGAAAGAUCGCGAAAGUAGUUCAUAUCAUAAUCAAAUGAUUUUCGAUGAAGCAACAAAAGCACUUGAACAAGUGAAAAAAGAAUCGCAGAAAGUUGAAAGAAUCGCGUCAAUGGUUCGACAAGAAUCGGAGAAGAUUUACAAACGACGUCAACAGUAUCAACCAAUCCCACCCACACAAUCCUCACAUUCCAACAAUCAACAUUACACACAUAUUCAGAGGAUUCCCAAGCCUAUUGUGACAAAACGUCAACGUCCAACAAUGAAGCAGACAGUAAGAGUUCCCGUGUCGCAACCGAAGCCACAACGAAAACGAAAACCUUUACGAACGAAGAAGAAGAAAGUGAAAUGUUAUGACACUGGAAACAUUGUUGAUCCUGAGUCUCCAACCUCUUAUUGGCAUUGUUUUAGAGGUGCUGAUGGUAGAAUGAAGAGAGUUAACAGAAAAUGUAAUGCACAUUUUAUUUUUUGUUCCAAGUCAAGAUUUUGUUCACCUCCAGGUCGUUGUUAG